AUGGUCAAUCACGGUGCAAGUGCUGCAUGCCAGAACUGCAAGAGGAGGAAGGUCAAGUGCGACGAGACACGCCCAGCAUGCCUGCGCUGUCUGAAGAUCGGGAAGAAAUGUCCUGGAUAUCUUGAUGAGUGGGAUCUUGCGUUCCGCAGUGAGAAUGAGGUGGUAAAAGCAAAAGUAUUAUAUCAGCAGUCAACACCUAGUCGUCAGUGGUCCUCAAACAGGAGCACAAAGGAUGUAUCGCGAUGGGGAACCAGUUCAUCUCUCUCCAAGGUCGGAAUUGAAUCCUCCAGUAUGCUUCCGGACGAUCUUCACGAGCAGGCGAUUCGUCUAUUCUUCCAGGACUACAUCAUCGAGUCGUGCGGCCUAUGCCCAGGCUAUCUCAACUAUCUUCCUCGGUUGUAUAGCCAGUCUACAGACAGCUCACUACUCACUGUCGCUGUCCUCGCGGCUUCCUAUGCGAAUAUGGCUCAGAAAAUGAACCGGCAUGACAUAACUAUCAAGGCUAUGUCACACUAUCGCAAAGCUCUGAGGGAUGUAAGUACUAUACUUGCAGAAAACAAAGAGCCGGCGAGCGAUACGACGAUGACUUCGAUUAUGCUCCUUGGACUGUAUGAGUGCAUUAACACUACAAUAUCGGAAACCGAGGCCAUGCAACAUACUCAAGGACUUGUCGUCCUGCUAGACAUCCGUCUCGCAGUUCUCGCGGAAGGGCCAUCCCUUCUGCAAAUAGUCUGUUGCCAAACGCAACGGCGGAAUCUCGAUCUGAGAAUUCUCCCUCGUCAUUCUCAUACCAGGCUGGUCAGCUUUCCCGACAUGACCCAGCCAGCAAAUCAGAUGUGUCUCAACAUGCAGCAUGUAAGCAUUUGGGUCGCCGAAGUCAACUCAGUAAUUCUCGCAGGCCAUGAGCAGGCUUCAUAUCGCGAUUUACUUUGCGAAUUCUCAGUCCUUGAGAAAGAGCUCUGUGACUGGAACGAGGCGGCAUUUGUUUCUAUGGGUUAUCAACGGGUGCAGUCCGAAGAUGAUUCGGCUUCUUUCAAACACGACAAUUAUCCUGGUUUCUGGACCCUCAGUAUCUGGAAUAAGCACCGUGCAACUCGGAUUCUUUUGCAUCAACUAUUGCUCGAGCUUUUUCAGGCUGUGGGAAAGAUCCAGAAACUUGGAGAUAUCGACAUGCGUGAUUUUGAAGAGCAAGAGCUUGCCUCACGGGCCACAAUUCAAGAGAUGACAGAAGAUAUUCUAUCCAGCGCUCCGUUUGCUCUUGGUGAGAUGAGUGUCCCGCCCAAAAGCAUUGGGGGCUACUUUCUCGUUUGGUCUCUUCAAACCAUCCUUCGAUGCUCAUUUGUAUCUCACGAGCAACGUCACGAAGCUCGAGCGGUUUUGGAGAAAGUUGGACGCCAAUGCGGCAUCAAAUGUGCGACCAUGAUAGCCAAGAGCUCACAGCAAUAUGACCUCUACAAGAAGGGUACAGCAUAA